AUUCCGCAUUCGUUUUUCGCCCGCCACAAGACCGGCCCUCCACCCUCGCGUCCUCUUUGUCGCCCGAUUAGGGUUUCCCUCCCUCCCGCAUGGCCGCUUCUUGCUCCAAGCCGUGGAUUUCUCCACGCGCUGUCGCGAGAUUUUCUGAUUCCAAGAAGUUUCCGCGCGUCCUUCCUGUUCGCUACGUCUCCAAGUGCCACGAUCUUGAACGCAGGCGAGUUCUCUCUGUUCGCUGUAGCCGCUUCGACGGGGACGCCGGGAAUGGCUUCUCCGACGCGUACCCCGACAGGGAGAACCAGCAAUUCGUGGGCUGGUUUCGCCAGGCGUGGCCGUAUAUAAGGGGCCACAGGGGAAGCACUUUCGUCGUCGUCAUCUCGGGGGAGAUCGUGGCUAGCCCGUACUUGGAUAGCAUUCUCCAGGAUAUUUCACUCCUCCAUGGUCUGGGGAUCAAAUUUGUCCUUGUUCCUGGGACCCAUGUCCAAAUUGAUAAGCUCUUGGCAGAGAGAGGAAGCAAGGGCAAGUAUGUUGGCCGGUACCGAAUCACGGAUUCUGAUUCGCUAGAGGCAGCAAUGGAGGCUGCUGGGAGGAUUCGUCUUACAAUAGAGGCAAAGCUUUCUCCAGGGCCCCCUAUAUUGAAUCUUCGCCGGCAUGGUGAUAAUAGUCGUUGGCAUGAACUUGGUGUUUGCGUUGCAAGUGGCAAUUUCCUUGCAGCUAAGAGAAGGGGUGUUGCUGAAGGUAUUGAUUUUGGAGCAACUGGUGAAGUUAAAAAAAUAAAUGUUUCCAUGAUACGAGAAAGGCUUGACAGAGAUUGCAUAGUUAUAGUAAGCAAUUUGGGUUAUUCCAGCUCAGGAGAAGUUUUAAAUUGCAACACUUACGAAGUCGCUACUGCUUGUGCCUUGGCUAUUGAGGCAGACAAAUUGAUUUGCAUUGUAGAUGGUCAGAUUCUUGAUGAACAUGGACGACUUGUUCGUUUCAUGACUCUCCAAGAUGCAGAUUUGUUGAUCAGAAAGAGAGCUAAGCAGAGCGAGAUAGCUGCAAACUAUGUCAAAGCUGUAGGCAAAGAAGAUACUAAUUGUCCAGGUUCUGCUGAUGCAUAUAGAAGUAACAGUACUUCUUGGAACGGGAAAGGCUUCAGUGAAAAGUAUAAUGCAACAUUUCAGAAUGGUCUUGGAUUUGACAAUGGCAACGGUCUAUGGUCGGGUGAGCAGGGAUUUGCUAUUGGCGGUGAAGAACGGUUGAGCAGAUUAAAUGGUUACCUUUCAGAGUUGGCUGCUGCAGCAUUUGUUUGCAGGGGUGGAGUUCAAAGAGUCCAUUUAGUAGAUGGUACUCUUGGUGGGGCCUUGCUUUUGGAAUUAUUUACAAGAGAUGGAGUAGGGACUAUGGUGGCUAGUGAUUUAUAUGAGGGAACUCGGAAUGCUACAGUGGUAGAUCUUCCUGGUAUAAGGCAGCUAAUUCAACCUAUGGAAGAAGCUGGUGCAUUGAUUCGAAGAACUGAUGAAGAGCUUAUCAAAUCAUUGGAUUCAUUUAUCAUUGUGGAAAGAGAUGGUUCAAUUAUCGCCUGUGCAGCACUUUUCCCUUUCUUUGAGGAUAAAUGUGGUGAGGUUGCUGCUAUUGCUGUCUCCCCAGAAUGCCGCGGGCAUGGACAAGGAGACAAAUUGCUUGAUUAUAUUGAGAAGAAGGCAUCAUCCAUUGGACUAGAGAGACUUUUUCUGCUUACAACACGUGCUGCAGAUUGGUUUGUGAGACGUGGCUUCUUGGAAUGUUCUAUUGAAUCCAUUCCGGAGGAGAGGAGGAAAAAAAUCAAUAUCUCACGUGGCUCAAAAUAUUAUAUGAAAAAGUUACAUCCAGAGCUAGGUGGAAUCACUGUCAGCAGCGCUGCCUUCAGAUAUUAGUGAACGGUGUAUAUCUUCAGCAGCGCUUCCUUCAGAUAUUAGCGAACAGUGUAUAUCUUCCUGCUGAUUCACCUUUACAUGGUGCAUCUUAGCCAUUUGUGACUAGGGCAUUCUUUAGUGGGUAGCUAAAUGCAUCCGGCGGAUGGUUGAACAAGCAAGCACAGAAGAUAGGAAGAGAUUUGCGGGAGAUGUACUCUUUCCAAUCGAUGAGAUGUAGAAUCUCUUUUUCUAAGAUACCUGUUGGCAUCUGUACUGAGCAGGAAUUAGGACCUCAUUUCUACUAUUUUAGAAAAAAGAAUAUGUGAGAGAAUUUUGUGGUUGAAGUAAAUUAUUUGAUUAUUCGAUCAACUAACGUAUAUGCAUGUUUUGUCAAAAUGGCCGUUGAAGGUGCGUGGUUUUGCUUUUGCAUUUGCAUACUCCGCCUGUGCUUAAUUUGGAUGCCACUUAGUACUGAUCGAAUGGUUAAUGCCAAGUUACAAGGUCA